AUGGGGCUUGAAAACCAGCACUUUGACUUUAUUCGGCAGCAUAAAAGACCUACGUCCGUGAUUACAAAAGAAACAAGACUCUCCUCGGAGGAAAUGCAGACCACACGGUGCAUGGCAAAAACAAAUACGAAACAUGACGAAAACCAAAUGAGUGUUGUUACCAACCUGUCAAAGAAGACGUUAACUGAUGCUCAGAUAUCUCUGCUGUCGAAAGGACUGAAGUUCAUACUGACAAGAAAAACAAUAGACAAAGGAAAAUUACUUACAGACUUGUCAGCGUGGGAACGCCGUAUGCGCUUAAAAGAAUAUUUCUAUGCAGAAGACGCUGAACAUAGAACCAGGGACGAUGAGCAUCAAUACAAAAAGAAGACCUCGACGUGGACUCCAAAGGCUGGCCGCGACAAAUGGCUGAACACAUAUAUACAAGCGGUCAAAGACGACAUCAUUUGUGGAUUAAAACGAAAAUUUAAAUAUAAUCUAAGCAAAUCGGAAGAACAGGCAAUCAAAGAAUUACUCCACGACGACAACAUCGUUAUUCGGCCUGCCGACAAGGGGUCGGGGAUAGUGAUAAUGGACAGGGAAGACUAUGUCAAAAAGCUGAAGUGUGAAAUGUCGGACAGUGACACAUACGUCGACGUGACGGAUGAUAGAACAAAAAUUGUGGAAAACAAAGUGAAAAAAGUGACCGAAACUAUUUACAAGAAGGGGUCGAUCGACAGUGACCUUAGAAGGUAUCUCACCAGCAGCGGUGGAACAUCCGGUAAGCUUCAGGGCAACCCGAAGCUUCAUAAACCUGGGAUGCCUCUCCGCACUAUUGUAAACGGCCGUAAUCAUCCGACAGAGAAGAUGGCGGAAAUAGUGGAGAAUGAACUGAGCGAUCAUGUUGCGUCUCUUCCGUCGUAUGUGAGAGACACAACCGACUUUCUAAACAAAAUAGCACAGAUACAGCAGCCGUUACCAGACGGUACAAUCAUAUUUUGUUUGGAUGUGAAGGCUCUUUACCCCAGCGUACCAAGAGAAGAGGCUCGUGCUGCAGUAACUGAAGCUCUCAAUCGGCGAGUGCAACCGGAAGUACCAACCAACGACAUGAUCAUAAUGAUGGACACUGUCCUAAAUAACAACACCAUUUCAUUCAAUGGAGACCACUACAUGCAAAAUGAAGGAACUGCCAUAGGAUCGCACUUAGGUAUGAACUACGCGUCGACCUACAUGGGAGCCUGGGAGAAAGAAUUAUUUUCGAAAUCAAAUAAACAUCCAAUAGCUUACUUCCGGUUCGUUGAUGAUGUUUGGGGCUUGUGGACACAUGAUAGGCACCUCUACCUGCACAAGGACUCGUCUCAUACCGAGUCUACGAAAAAGGCCAUUCCGUACGGCUUAGGUGUGAGGCUGAAACGAAUAUAUUCGGAAGAGACGGACUACAAAAAACACAGAGAUGAGAUCAAAGAACAACUACUGCAGCGAGGAUACAAUGGCCGAUUCGUCGAGACAGAACUGAAGAAAGUUGAUAGCAAGAAGCGAGAAGACCUGCUGCGUACAAAGGUGUCUUUAAAAAGUACUUCCAGGAUCCAGACACAGCAGCAAUGUGCCCGGUUUUCGUGGUGCUACUUUUAG